CCAGAGAGAGAUGAAUAAUAAAGAGCAGAGAGAGAUGAAGAAAGCAAAUCCCAUCCUGACGGCUCUGUCCGCGGCGACAUUCGGCUUCUUCAUUGGCAUUUCAUUUCCUCUACAGAUGGCACCACAGCUUCCUUGCUAUGUGUUCCCUUGGAAUGGUGGUGGUGGUGGUGGUGAUGCCGCCAACUCCACCUUGAGGGCCACCGGCAUGCUAAGCAGAUUCUGGGUCGUCGGUAACAACAACAACAACAAUACAGCAGCAGCAACCGAGGGGAAGGCUACUACUGCUCCCGCCGUCGUGCACCCAAAUGCCACUUCGCCAGCAAUCAUAAAGCCGACAGGCGCGGAGAGGCUCCCUCCCAACAUCGUAGUUUCAGAGUCCGAUCUCCACAUGCGCCGCCUCUGGGGAGACCCGCGGCAGGACACUCCCGUGCGCAAGUACCUCCUGACGAUGACAGUAGGGCUCAGUGAGAAAGCCAAUGUCAACGCCACAGUUCACAAGUUCUCGGAUGAGUUCGACGUGAUGCUUUUCCACUACGACGGCCGCACGACGGAGUGGGACGACGAGUUCGCGUGGUCCAAGGACGCCAUCCACGUGAGCGCCCGGAAGCAGGCCAAGUGGUGGUACGCCAAGCGCUUCCUCCACCCCAGCGUCGUGGCGCCCUACGACUACGUCUUCCUCUGGGACGAGGACCUCGCCGUCGACUUCUUCGACGCCACCGAGUACGUCCGCAUCGUCCGCGAGCACGGCCUCGAGAUCUCGCAGCCGGGGCUCGACAUCACCCGGGGCAAGAAGACCUACGACAUCACCACCCGGAGGAGCAACAACACUAGCGAGGUCCACAAGAACACCACCGGGGGCCCCGGGAACUGCCCCGACGUGCACCGCCGGCCAUGCAGCGGCUUCGUGGAGGUGAUGGCGCCCGUGUUCUCGAGGAAGGCGUGGGCGUGCGCGUGGUACAUGGUGCAGAACGACCUCAUCCACGGGUGGGGGCUGGACCUCAACUUCUGGAGGUGCGUCGACGACCCCGAGGAGCAGAUGGGGGUGGUGGACGCGCAGUACAUCGCGCACCGCGGCCUGCCCACGCUGGGGCGGCAGGGCAACCCGGAGACGGGCGGCGGCGGCAACGUCAGAGCGCGCGCGUGGCAAGAGUUCAGCGAAUUCAAAACCAGAAUCCGCGAUGCCGACAGGGCCGCCGAGACCGAACGGCGCCGGGAAGCAGCAGCAGCCCUUCUUGUUGCGACGCCGCCGACGCCGUCGCCGCCCCGGUCAAAAUAAGCUCAUUUCAACUGACAUAGCAAUUAUAUUGCGCGCAAAUUAAAUCAGCAGGCAAAAUGUGUUCCUGGAUUAUCAAGUUUUCAGUUUAGCAUCUACCAACUUGUUCCUUUUGACUCA